GCUUUUUCUCUUUCUCUAUCUUCUAUACUGUGUCUCUCUGUAUGCCUUGUGAUUUGUUUGUAGGAUUCCAAUUAUCUUAUUUUUCCAAACCCAAAGAGAGAGAGAGAGAGAGAGAGAGAGAGAGGAGGUAAUGCUCGCGAGUCUUGGUUAUCCGGUGAGUUUGCUUUCCGGCACGAAGGUUUACUACGGCGCAGGCUGACGAUUUGUUGUUCCAAAUGCAACAGUGAAGAGGAGGAGUAUAUAUUUAUAUAUCUAUUUAGAGAGAGAAAGGGAGUUAGGGGUUGGGGGGUUUGAGUGUUUAUGUAUCGAAAAUGCGUGAAGCACUACUCUGUGAUGACCCAAGUGACGUUGUCUGCAGCACCAAGAAGAAGAGGUCUGAGGAGGAGAAGCUAGAUAACGAGGUUACUAUUACUGCUACUGCUACUGCUACUACUACACCGACGACUAAGCCGGUUUUGGUAACUCCGCCGGUGUUGGUAGUUGCCCGCAGUCGUUCCCAAGGGGGAACACGGAGAGUGACGCCGACCACGACCGCUAUCUCAUCAGUCGUAGGAGACACCACCAUCAGCCUAACUUCCGGUGGUUGUACAACAACUGUUGAGAGAGUCUUGCCCAACGGCGAUCUUUACAUCGGGAGUUUCUCUGGUACUGUGCCUCACGGAUCUGGGAAGUACUUGUGGACGGACGGGUGCAUGUACGAGGGCGAUUGGCGGAGAGGAAAGGCUUCGGGUAAAGGGAAAUUCUCGUGGCCGUCGGGGGCUACGUACGAGGGAGAAUUCAAAUCGGGUCGUAUGGAAGGGUUUGGUACCUUUAUUGGAUCCGACGGAGACACGUAUCGGGGUUCAUGGAGCUCGGAUCGGAAACAUGGGUAUGGACAGAAGAGGUACGCGAAUGGCGAUUUCUAUGAAGGGUCGUGGAAGAGAAACCUCCAGGAUGGUCAAGGGCGUUAUGUGUGGAAGAAUGGAAAUGAAUAUGUUGGGGAAUGGAAGAAUGGAGUGAUUUCUGGCCGUGGGAUUCUGAUUUGGGCCAACGGGAAUCGAUACGAAGGCCAGUGGGAAAACGGGAUUCCUAAAGAGAAUGGGGUCUUCACUUGGCCUGACGGGAGUUGCUAUGUGGGGAGUUGGAAUAAGGACCUGAAGAUUCAUCAACUGAAUGGAACCUUCUAUCCCGGGGCCGGGAAAGACUUUAGUCUGAAGACAAAUGGGCCUGUUAUGAGUGAUAAUCUGACCAUAACAAUGAGGAAAAGGUCGUCUGUAGAUGGAGCAAGAGGAAGCGUGACAGAGAGAAAUUUCCCGAGAAUUUGUAUAUGGGAAUCGGACGGUGAAGCUGGCGACAUUACUUGUGACAUAAUUGAUAAUGCGGAGGCUUCGAUGUUUUACAGGAGCUGUUCUGCACCCGAACACGAUUUGAGGCAGUUUCGGCGAAACCCAUGUUGUUUCAGUGGCGAGGCCAAGAAGCCUGGGCAGACCAUAUCCAAAGGGCACAAGAAUUAUGACUUGAUGCUUAAUCUCCAACUGGGUAUUAGGUAUACUGUCGGAAAGCAUGCAUCCAUAGUCCGAAAUAUUAAGACGAGUGACUUUGAUCCUAAGGAGAAAUUUUGGACAAGGUUUCCUCCCGAAGGAUCGAACAAAACUCCACCUCAUCAAUCCAUUGACUUUCGAUGGAAAGAUUACUGUCCAAUGGUGUUUAGACAUUUGAGGGAUCGAUUCCGAGUAGAUCCGGCUGAUUACAUGCUGGCCAUUUGUGGAAAUGAUGCACUCCGAGAGCUUUCCUCUCCGGGAAAGAGUGGUAGUUGCUUUUACUUGACACAAGAUGAUAGGUUUAUGAUAAAGACGGUGAAGAAAUCAGAAGUCAAGGUGCUAUUACGGAUGCUUUAUAGUUAUCAUCAACAUGUCUGUCGGUAUGAAAAUUCCCUUGUGACGAAAUUCUUCGGUGUGCAUUGUGUGAAGCCUGUUGGUGGUCAGAAGACAAGGUUCAUUGUAAUGGGGAAUUUGUUCUGUUCGGAGUAUCGGAUUCAUAGGAGGUUUGACUUAAAAGGUUCCUCCCAUGGCCGCACUACUGACAAGUCUGAGGGAGAGAUUGAUGAAACGACGACACUCAAGGAUCUCGACCUCAAUUUUGUUUUCCGCCUCCAACAAAAUUGGUACCAAGACCUUAUGAAGCAAAUAGAUCGAGAUUGCGAGUUCUUGGAAGCAGAGAGAAUCAUGGAUUACAGUCUAUUGGUCGGUCUUCACUUUCGUGAUGAUAAUAAGUAUGACAAAAUAGGCCUGUCGCCUUUUGUAUUGCGAACUGGCCAAAAGGACUCGUACCAAAAUGAGAAGUUUAUGCGUGGCUGUCGUUUCCUUCAAGCAGAAUUGCAAGAUAUGGACCGAGUUUUAUCUGGCCAAAAACCAUUGAUCCGGCUGGGAGCCAAUAUGCCUGCAAGAGCUGAGCGAACAUCCAGGAAGAGCGACUUCGACCAAUACAUAUCUGGUGGAAUUAGCCAUUUGACUCCAUCACGCAGUGGAGAGGUCUAUGAGGUGGUCCUUUAUUUUGGGAUCAUUGACAUCUUACAAGACUACGACAUCAGCAAGAAGUUAGAACAUGCUUAUAAAUCAUUACAAGCUGACCCUUCAUCAAUCUCAGCUGUUGAUCCCAAGCUUUACUCAAGAAGGUUUCGAGAUUUUAUAGGGAGAAUUUUUGUCGAGGACAGGUAGGAAUGGUAAAGAAGGUUCCACCAACAUUAAAAAAAAUAAUCUUCUAUGUUGGAUUUUUAUCAAAAUCUAGCAGCAUGCGUUUUCCACCCCCUGAAGGAAGUGGCUCCUUAAGAAAGCAGCAGUGGCGCGGUAGCUUUAGCUUUAGCUUGAUGCUUGUAUAUGUAACGAAAGACCUACGCCGGUCUCAAACCACGACAAUGGAAAUACAACUUCCAUGAUGACCAUGUGGGAAAAGGAUUGGGGUUGGCCUUUCUGGGGAGUAAGUAUAUGAUUAUGGCUGAAUUUUGGAGAUUACAGCCAUUGUGUUAUUGUUAUUGCGGUGUGGAAAGCCGCAGGGAUUUGUACAUUCAAGGUGGUGGGGAUGCAAAGUUGGAUUCUGGAUUUUUUUUUUUGGGUGAAAUUUUUGUGGUAUCCAAGGAAUAUAUUGAAGAUUUGGAAUGGAAAAAUAGAGGUACAGGGAAACAUAGAGAGAUGAUGUUUCCACCGAGAGAAGAUUCAAAGGGGGGAAGGGUGACUACGGAAUAAGUGUACAGCCUUAUAGAAAAAUGUUGGAUAGUUUAUCAAAUUCUAUGAAUUUUUUUUCUUUUUUAAUUGAGAUAUAUAUUUAAAACUGUAUUUUGAA